GUGGCCGGGCGGGCGGUCGCCAUUGUGUAGAGCGUUACGGGUGUGUGCUGUGCGAAAGCCCGUCGAGGGGACUGGCUGCGCACAACCUCUGCUACUUUCCAACUUCAGGAGCUCAGAGCCGUCCUUGGGCGGAGCUGUGCGGAGCUGUGCGGUUGUGGCCCGGAUUCCGAGUUUUCCCAGGACUCUGCCCACUUCUGCGAGAGAACGUUGAGGAAAGUAUGGCCUCCACGCCCACGACAGCCUGGCCCCGUGAACCUGUGACGUUUGAAGAUGUAGCACUGACUUUUACAGAGGAAGAGUGGGCACAGCUGGACCUCCAACAGAAGUGCCUCUACAGGGAAAUGAUGCUGGAGAACUACAGAACCAUGGUUUCAGUAGAACAUCAUCUUUCCAAGCCAGAAGUGAUAUCUCAGUUAGAAGAGGUGGAAGACUUCUGGCCGAUGGAGAGAGAGAUUCAAGACACCUUUCCAGAAUGUUCCAGAGUUGCUCUGAAACCUGAAAUAAAUCCCUUUCCUGCUGAGACUCCCCUGACGAAGAUCAAAGUGGUUGAAGUCCUUACACUGAACCAGGAUGUGGCUGGUCCUCGGAAUGCCCUGAUUCAAGCCUUCUAUGAUGAAAAUGGAAAAGAAAACCUGGGCCCAGGCAAUCUCACGGGGCCAGCUCAACAGCUGAGCAAGCAUGUGGCUGACUCUGAAGCCGCUCACCGGAAGUUCCGACGUUUCCAGUAUGAAGAGUCAACUGGUCCCCGAGAAGCUGUGGCCCAACUUCGUGAGCUGUGUUACCAGUGGCUGCAGCCCAGUGUACAUUCAAAGGAGCAGAUCAUGGAGUUGCUGGUGCUUGAGCAGUUCCUAAAUGCACUGCCUGAGAAAUUCCAGUUGUGGGUGGAGUCACAGCACCCAGAAGAUUGCCAGGCUGCAGUGGCCCUGGUGGAGGAUAUGACCUCAGUAUCCAAGGAAGACGCACUGCCUCCCUACUCCUCUGAAGCCACUAAUCAACUGAAGGAAGAAAACGAAGACAUGGCCAUCUUGCCAGAGAUUAUACUCCCUGAGGAGCCAGUGACCUUCCAGGACGUGGCUGUGGACUUCAGUCAGGAGGAGUGGAGGCUGCUAGGCCCGGUGCAGAGGACGGAGUACCAUGAUGUGAUGCUGGAGACCCUGGGCAACCUAGUCUCUGUUGGGUGGGAGCCUACAUUGGGAAACAAAGAGGUAACUCCAGAUUCCGCCAUUCCUGUGGUAAAACCAGUUUGUGACCCAAAAAUGAAAGAAUUCUCAAGGAAUAGCACUCAGUCCACUGCCUCUGAAAGUAUCUUGCAAGGUGGGGAAAAAGAAAUCCAAACCACAGAAUUAAAACAAGUGGGGCUUGCACAGGGAAAAGACCAUCCUCAGAAGCAGCUCUCUGAAACCCCUAAGAAUGAGGAAAAAACGACUCUUCACAUAAGCCCAGACUCACUCAAGGACGUUCCUCCUAAAAAGCACUUGCACAAACCUGAUUCACAGAUUAAAAUCAUGGCUGAUGGUUUACAUGCAAAAGUUAGCCAGAAGGGUUCUAAAGGGCGAAAAGCCAAGGAAAAUAGCAUUUCAGUGAUACAUAGUUCACCCAUACAAAAUGACCAGAAGGGCUCCAAAGGGGCAAAGGUUUGGGAAAGUAACAGCUCCUUGACACAUGGUUCACCUGUAAAAAUUCACCAGAAGGGCUCUGAGGCAGGCAAAGUCAGGGAAAACAAUUCCAUGACACAUGGUUCACCUGUAAAAAUUCACCAGAAGGGCUCUGAACUUGGCAAAGUCAGGGAAAACAAUUCCAUGACACAUGGUUCACCUGUAAAAAUUCACCAGAAGGGCUCUGAACUUGGCAAAGUCAGGGAAAACAAUUCCAUGACACAUGGUUCACCUGUAAAAAUUCACCAGAAGGGCUCUGAACUUGGCAAAGUCAGGGAAAACAAUUCCAUGACACAUGAUUCACCUGUAAAAAUUCACCAGGUCUCUGAGGCAGGCAAAGUCAGGGAAAGCAAUUCCAUGACACAUGGUUCACCUGUAAAAAUUCACCAGAAGGGCUCUGAACUUGGCAAAGUCAGGGAAAGCAAUUCCAUGACACAUGAUUCGCCUGUAAAAAUUCACCAGAAGGGCUCUGAACUUGGCAAAGUCAGGGAAAACAGAAAUUCCAAAAUACAUGGUUUACCCAUAAAAAAUCACCAGAGGGGCUCUAGAGGGGGAAAAGCCAGAGACAGCAGCAGUUCUUUGACACAUGCCCCAACUGUAAAAAUUCACCAGAAAGGCUGUGAAGAGGAAAAAGUCGGGGAAAACAGCAACUCCUCAAAACAUGUGACACUUCACCAGAAGAGCUAUGAAGGGGGGAAAGUCAGGGAAUUGAAGCAUGCUUCACAUGUAAAAGUUCACCAGAAGGGCUGUGGAGAAAAAGCCAGGGAAAUCAGUAAUUCCCUGAAACAUGGUUCACAUGUAAAAAUUCACCAGAAGGGCUCUGAAGGUGAGAAAGCCAGAGAAAUCAGUAGUUCCAUAAAACAUGGUUCACAUGUAAAAAUUCACCAGAAGGGCCCUGAAAGCAGGAAAGCCAGAGAAAUCAACAGUUCCAUGAAACGUGGUCCAUACAUAAAAAUUCACCACAAGGGCUCUCAAGGGGCAGGAAACAGGAAAAAGAAUAGUGGGAAAGCCAUCGGCCGACAUACUCAGCAGAUUACUUUUAUAAGAAUUCACAAGGGCAGCCCAGUUUGCCGAUGCAGUGAAUGUGGUAAAAUAUUCCGGAAUCCAAGAUACUUCUCUGUCCAUAAAAAGAUUCACACGGGAGAGCGACCUUAUGUGUGUCAGGCCUGUGGGAAAGCGUUUGUUCAGAGCUCCUCCCUCACACAGCAUCAGAGAGUUCAUAGUGGAGAAAGACCAUUUGAGUGUUCAGAGUGUGGAAGGACCUUCAAUGACCGAUCAGCAAUCUCUCAGCACUUGAGAACUCAUACUGGGGCUAAGCCCUACCAAUGUCAGCACUGUGGAAAAGCCUUCCGCCAGAGCUCCCACCUCGUCAGGCAUCAGAGAACUCACACUGGAGAGCGACCAUAUGUGUGCAGCAAAUGUGGAAGGGCUUUCACCCAGAGUUCACACCUCAUUGGGCAUCAGAAAACACACGGUGAAACGAAGUUCAAGAAGUAACGCCAAUUAUAGCUUCGUACCUGCAAAGCAUUGCCUUAUCAAUCUUGAGAUCUACUCUGCAGAGGGACUGUUACAGAGAAUCUUUGGGUAAGGACAGUCCCACAACCAAAGGUCAGCUCAGUAGACUACCCAGCAGGCAGUGAGUGAGCAGGAAACUUUCAGGGAGUUAAUAGAUUAACUUAUUAAUUUCAUUACUCAUUAAAAAUAUUAAACCUAAAAAUACUCCUAAGUUUUAAAAGUCGGGUACCAAAAAUUGCACUGAUCAUUACAUCCAGGGUAAAAUAUGUGAAUAGAUAACUAAAAGAAUAUGGACAAAUAAACUAUAUUUCUGUGUAGAACGUGUAUCU